GUUCCCUCCCGGAGAGAGGAGGGGGCGGGGGGAUGCGGCACCUGCGCUGGGGAUCGAUCACAGGGAGGCCUGUACUUGGUGUCAGGAUGCACAUAAGUUGGCUGCACGGAGAACCGGAAAAAGUCUGUGACUGGUGAUUGCUACAAUACUGCCUUCAUUGAUCCAAUUCAAGAUGUCUUAUUUUGGGGAGCAUUUUUGGGGGGAUAAGAACACUGGUUUCGUAGUUUUAUACCAUAAUAUGAAACAUGGUCAGCUGUCUGUUAAGGAGUUGGCAGAUUUUGUGCGAGAAAGGGCAGCAGUGGAGGAAAACUACUCAAAAUCUAUGCAGAAACUGUCCAAGAUGGUGAGCAGUGGAAGCCACCUGGGGACUUUUGCCCCAAUGUGGGAGAUGUUCAGGGUGUCCUCUGAUAAGCUUGCUCUAUGUCAUCUUGAACUGAACAAGAAACUGAACGAUCUGAUCAAGGAGAUAAACAGAUAUGGGGACGAGCAGGUCAAAGUGCAUAAAAAGUGCAAAGAGGAGAUGUCUGGCACUUUAGACGCCAUACACCUGCUGCAGUGCAGUUCCCAGCUUCUGCAGAAGUCCAGAGACAAUUAUUGCAGUAGAUUUUCUGAGCAGGAGCGGGUCAGGAAGGAAGGAUCACCCCAGAAAGAAUUGGACAAGGCAGAGCUAAAGACCAGGAAAGCUGCAGAGUCACUGCGUUGCUCUGUGGAGAAAUACAAUGCUAUACGCAAGGAGUUUGAAGAGAAGAUGUUGCAGUCUGCACAGGUAUUCCAGGACACAGAGGCUACUCAUCUCAGACACAUGAAGAGACUUGUUACAGCAUACUCUCACUCGGUGGAAGACACUCACGUGCAAAUUGGGCAGGUUCAAGAAGAAUUUAAACACAAUAUUGAAAAUGUAGCUAUAGAAAAACUGAUCAGGAGGUUUGCAGAAACUAAUGGUACCGGAACAGACCGUCCAGAGGCUGUGGAGUUUGAAGGUUUUCGCUUCCCCACGUCUGUAGAAGGUGUAAAGCGUACAUGGUCAAAACCUUUCCGUAUUCGAGGCUUGAGCCGGAGAGAGAAAGACACUCACCCUGUGGAAUCCUCCGAGCCAGAAUGUGUGGAGAUUCCUGAUGUAGAUGAUGAGGGUUUUACAAUCCGUCCAGAAGAAAAUGUAACCAACUCUGCUGUUAACUGCUGUUCCUCAAGUGACUCUGAUUUUGACGAUGAUGAUGAGCCUCGGCGAUUCCGGUUUCUGAUCAAGCCCCCUCAGGUUGGAGACUGUGAAGGGGACCAGGAAGCUGAGAUGCAGAGGCUACGAGACACAGUGGGAUGUCUGAUACAACCACCAACAGCUGGGGUGUCUGUUCGGCGACAGACUACACGGACAACAGUGGGUGUAGCCGUUACUAAUGAAGACUCCCAAAGACUUGUUCAAACAGAUAAAACUGCUGUAAAUUACUCCAACACUCCGCCGUCCACAUUAACCAGCAGUUGUGAUGCAGGUUCAGUGAGCCGAUCCCUCCCGUCGCAGGCUUUAUUUGGUCCUCUACUGGAAUCUGCUUUUGAGCCAGACCGGUUUACAGGGUAUCCUGCAUACAAUCUCACCUCCAGCCCAUCUCCAUUUUCUUCCUCCUCCCCUGAGAAUGUAGAAGACUCUGGUCUGGAUUCUCCCUUUCACCCUUUUUCUGGACCGUCACCAGAUUCUAGACCCUGGACUCCUCGGGAUGACUCUUCACCUGGUGAUUCUCUUCUAGCUCCCACUUCUUGCUCAGACUCUCCAGCAGAUCUUACUACUGUUAUGACAUCUGAAACACAAACCUCUGAAAGCAGAGAAGCCUGGGAGGAAAAAAUAACAGCCCCUAGUCCUCCAGUCAUACCAAAGCUGGGAAACCUGGACUCUUCAUCCCCUAAACCUGAUGCAUGGGAUUCUUCAAGCCUUCAUGCCCCUUUUUGUUCUCGCACUCAGCCCUCAGUCACAGCACCUCGUAUUCCUAGGAGCAGUAACCUGAAUAUUCCUAUGAAUCAGUCCCUGUUGACACCAAACUUACAGUCUUCUUCACUCAAUGAUCGUGGAUUCUUCUCUCCUCCAUCCUUAGGAGUUGGAAUAUCCUUGGGAUUAUCACGUGGGCCAAGUCCAGUUAUCCUAGGAUCUCAGGAAUCACUCCCAGUGGCUGCUGCAUUUACCGAAUAUGUUCAUGCUGCUUUUGAAGGGGGGAAUUUAGAAGGAUCCGGGAUUAAAAUUUCAGGAGAGCUCACAAUGUCCUUUCCAGGAGGAAUACUCAGAGUAUUUGCGAGCAGCUCUCCACCCCCAGUGCUUAGUUUCCGGCUGGUUAACACUUCCUAUGUAGAGUAUUUCACACCAAAUUCAGACCUCCUGUACAGUGACCUUUCUCAGAGUGACCCAAACAUUAGGGAUUUCUGGCUAAACAUGCCAAGGCUAACUUGUUAUCUGCAUAACCUAGCAGAGCAGCAAACUGCUCCAUACUACAAUGUUAUGUUGCUGAAAUAUCAGAUGUUUAAGCCAGGCCUUUCUGCUGCACCACUGCAUCUUUCCUCCUCCUGGAUCUGUGGCCCCUCAUCCACUGAGUUUUGUCUGGAGUACAAGCAGAACGGGACUGACCUGUGUGACCUUCAAAUUAUGCUUCCCCUAGUAGAACCUUUGUCCAACCUGCGACUUGACCCUCCAGCUCGCUGCGCUGAUCGACGGUUGAUCUGGCAGAUCCCACAAAUAUCAUCCGGGAAGGAACGAGAAGGUUGGGGAAGGCUAUGUGCUCGAUGGCAACCACUUCGCUCUCAAAGCAAUCCUUCUCCAGCAGCAGCUCAGUUUACAUGUGAGGGUAGUAACCUGUCAGGUGUGGAUAUAGAACUGACGGGCUCAGGAUACAGAAUGUCGCUGGUCAAGAAAAGGUUUGCAGCAGGUAAAUAUGUAGUUUGCUGAAGGAUGUCCCCUGGCUUGCUCAACUUCGACCUGUUUGAGAUCAAUCUACUUCUGAACUUAUUGCCAUUGAAGCACCUUCAAAAUUGCACUUUGUUGCCAGGAGCUUCUGUGCUGGUCAUAUCAAAAAUAGAGUGGGAGGGACAGGAUAAAUUAAAAUUGGAUCCCUGCCUGGCAUAGCCACCAUUUUAAUAUGCGUACCUCCUAUGGUGGGAAACCUCUGACAUUUUAAGAUGUUUGAUCAAUCUUUAGCAAUCUUGUAGUUUGUGAAAUAGGAAACCUUUUCAGACUUGCACACACAGUAUCAAGUGACUCUCAGAUUAAUUGUAAACAUUAGUACAGUGACAUGCUAUUGAAGGAUUAUAACAUUGUGAAACUCCUCUCCUACCUAGGUAGCAGGCAUCUGAAACGUAGAGGCAAGCACUUGGCAGUUAAUAAGAUUAGGAACUUGUGGAAAUAAAUGUUACCUUUUCAUAGCUUGUAUGUAACGAGAUGGUCACUUGCACAUAAUGUAUGUAUGUACAGAAUUUUUCCUAUUGAAGCUCAUUGUUCCUCUUAAUUGUAUUCCUGUUUUGUCUUGUUUGAGCUUCUGUGUGUUGAAUAUACAAACUGAGAAAUAAUAUAUAUUCA